CUAUUUCUUUUGUUGCAGAAUUUAUUACUGUCAGCAGAACUAUGGAACCCGGCCCAGAUACCAUGAAUUUCUAUUUACGAGAAUUUCAUCGGCACCGCACAGUUUCCAAGCUCAAGAUGGCGUCUUGGUGGCACGAACCCGAGAAACCAGCAUUAACGCCUAUAGCCGUCUUUAAAAAGGAGCAAGAAGACUUGGGGGUCUUCAAAAGCGAAAAAAGGCUAAGUCCAACGUUCCGUCGUCUAUCCGAUGAAGAAAAGGACCGACUCGUGGCAAGAGCCCAAGAGAACCUAGCAAACUAUGAAAAUUUCAUUUUGGCAUAUGUAAAUUCUAUGAGAGACUUUGAAAAGAAGGUCUACGUGGGCUUCAAGAGAGAAGACUUACUAAGAAUCUUCGAGCGUGACAUCUUCGAAGCAUACCCUCUUGAAGAUUACCCAAUUCUGAAGUAGAUAUUGGGUCUUCUAGUUACUUUUGUAUUGAUUUUUGUUCAUUAGUGUCUUUCGCUAUUUGCUGAAAAGUACAGUUUUGUUCUCUUGAAGAGGAGUAGAACGGAAACAAUA